AUCCAGUCAGCAGGUGUGGGGAGCAGAGUUUAAAAUGGUUAACAAACUGUAAAUAAGACUGAUUUCCAUCUCUUUCUGCUGACCUCUGUGUGGUUGGCUGAAGCAAAUUAACCUGGGGAAACCGAACCUCCCAGAUGUGGCUUCGCAGCAGAUCUGUUUGCAUUUUCCCCACUGUACAGUCGCAUCCUCAAAAGGCAGAGCAGGGAUCAAACAGAGUUCUUCCACUGAAUCAGAUAAAUCAGGAGAAGGUGAUCUGGAGAGGAAGGAAAGGUGUUGUUGAAAGUGCCCCUGGAUCUUUUCUCUGGAUCAAUGGAUAUUUUUGCUGUUUUGGGGAGAAAGGCUAGACAUGAAAGUUAGACCUUGCCUGAUAAAAGUUCCAGUGCUUGCCUUUUUGAGACUCAGUGAGACAUCAAUUAGGCAUGGAGAGUAGAAGAUUCAUUUUUUUGAUGUUGUCAAGUCAUUUCCGUGGUGUCACCAUUUCCCUUUAUUUUUGUCAUUAAUUAUUAAUAACCUCUUCUUUCUUUCUCAGUGCGCUUCCGUGUCUUUUCUAUGAAUCACAACAUGGAACGUUUGGACAGAAAUGUGAUUGUUGAGUUUGUGACACCUGAAGGCAUUAUUGUAAGACACUAUAUAAUCAAUCCUGAUUCAACAGUCACACUGACUUACAACAUACCGGAACUUGUCAGUUUGGGGACCUGGAAAGUUGUGGCCAAGUAUCAAGACUCCCCAGAUGAGAUCUUCAGCACACCGUUCGAAGUCAAGGAAUAUGUGUUGCCAAGCUUUGAAGUUGUUCUGGAACCAGCAGAGAAUUUUUACUAUGUUGACAGCAGCAGAGAUUUCCGAGUGUCUAUCAUUGCAACAUUCUUCUAUGGGAAAAAAGUAGAAGGUGUAGCCUUUGUCCUCUUUGGAGUGAAAAUAGAUAAUGACAAGAAGAGCAUUCCAGACUCACUCAGGAGAAUUCAGAUUGUUAAAGGGAAAGGGGAAGCGGUGCUUACAAGAGAUAUGCUUCUGUCCAGAUUUCACAACCUCAACGAGCUUGUUGGGCUCUCCCUUUAUAUCUCUGCAACAGUGAUGACGGAUUCAGGUAAGUGAUCGUUUGAAGGCAAG